CCCCGCGGCGCCCCCACACGCCGCCCUGCGCCGCCGCUGGGAGCCGCCGGGCCCGCUCUGCCGCCAUCGCCAUGAGCUUCUUAUUUGGUAGUCGCUCUUCUAAAACAUUUAAACCAAAGAAAAACAUUCCAGAGGGGUCUCACCAGUAUGAGCUACUAAAACAUGCAGAAGCCACGCUUGGAAGUGGUAAUCUCCGGAUGGCCGUCAUGCUGCCAGAGGGGGAAGACUUAAAUGAAUGGGUUGCAGUUAACACUGUGGACUUCUUCAAUCAGAUCAACAUGCUUUAUGGAACCAUUACAGAUUUCUGUACAGAAGAAAGCUGCCCAGUCAUGUCUGCUGGCCCAAAAUAUGAAUACCACUGGGCAGAUGGGACAAACAUAAAGAAACCAAUCAAGUGCUCUGCACCAAAGUACAUUGAUUACCUGAUGACUUGGGUCCAGGAUCAGCUGGAUGACGAAACUCUUUUUCCAUCUAAAAUAGGUGUUCCUUUCCCAAAGAACUUCAUGUCUGUAGCAAAGACCAUUCUAAAGCGCCUCUUUAGAGUCUAUGCUCACAUUUACCACCAGCACUUUGAUCCUGUGAUCCAACUGCAAGAAGAGGCACAUCUUAACACAUCCUUCAAGCACUUUAUAUUUUUUGUUCAGGAAUUCAACCUUAUUGACAGAAGAGAACUUGCUCCACUUCAAGAAUUGAUUGAAAAACUCACCUCUAAAGAUAGAUAAAAGGAGGUGGAUUUGUGUAAACCACUUGUUUCUUUAAGCAAGCAUGUGAUAUGUUUUGGGGUCUUUUUUUUUUUAUUUUAAACAAAACAAACUUUGUUCUGUUCUUACAGGCAGCCAAGAUCCAUUCUCUGUGCUUUUAUUGGGGGAAAUCUUUUUGUCUUUUAGUGACACACAGCAAAUGGCUUUUUUUUUGUUCAUUUUGGAUUUUUAACACAUGUUGAGUGUUUUAUAAAGGAAAUAUUAUUUGGUGGGGAAAUUGACACUGCUGGUGGAUAGGUCUGUGUUGUGUCAAUUGUAGCCCAUUCUCAUGAAGUCCCUAGAAGACUUACAUUCUCUAAGUGCCUUGGCAGACUCACUUCUGAGGUGCAAAGCACAUACCGUACUGAACGUUGCUGGAAACAGAAUAUAUGAACUAAUACCCAGGACACUUACUGAUGCUUGUUUUAGAAUUUAUAUAUAUCUAUAUCCUUAAACUAAAAAAGCCAUAACAUACACAGGUGAUCUCCAGCUUUUAAUACAAAGUAUUCUUUUUUUAUUUUAAGAGAUGAAUAUGCAGCUACUUAAAACUAAGUAGAUCAUGUCCUAAUAAUCUAGCUGAAGUGAUAAAGGUUUCAAAACUAUAGGGAACCCAGGAUGACAGAAGACCAGCUAUCUAUCCUACUAUUUUUCUUCUCUGAGGUAUAUAUUUAUUCUGUUACUGUAAAUAUCAAUUCAGGUCAGUCAUUUUUAUAAGGUUAAACACUUCCCUUUAUAAAGCUUCAUAGCAUUUGUCAGAUGGGCCAUGAGUUUGCACAAAUAUUUUCAGUGAGAAACGAAAAUACACUUCUUCACCAUCAAAAAUGACAAUUUGGUAAUACUAAGAAAGGUAUUGUCUGAAAUCCACUGGAGUAAUGAAACACAAAAUUAAAAAUAAAAAGACAACUUGAUGGUAGACCUCAAGUUCUCAGGGUUUUUCACAAUGAAAAACAUAUACAUUAAUAGAAAAAAUGUCUUGUGAACUAUGUCCCAUUUAUAAUCACACACAUUUCCUCCCUUUCAUUAUUGCAUGACUACUUUCUGGAAACUACAUCACUUGUUUACAUGGGGAAAGUAAUGGUUGCAGUGCAUUGGUGUACUUUUAUCAGUCUUUAGUCUUUCUGAAAAAUCUUAAUCACAGCAUCUCCCUUUCUUUCCCCCUGCAUGCCCCACUCUGCUUUAUUUCUCCCUUGCUAUUGCCUUUCCCUCCCUCUCUGGCCUCAUGUCUCUCAAAGUGGAAAUAAGGAGAGCCAGUACUGCAUGACUCACCGGUUUCCAUGAUGGUCAACAGAGUGUUGCAUGGAAAUCUCUGUCAUAUUUAUGUGAAACUCUGGAGUUUCCCCCUCCUCACAAAAAUUUAACUUUUCUUUGUUUUUAAUUUGUGCAUCUUCCAUUCUGUCAAGAUUUAUACUAGCCUUUGGGUUCAAAUAAAUAUUUAAGCACUGCUAUCUGUCCCUUCCCCCCAGCCCUCCCCAGUAUCAUUAAUAUAAUUGCCUUAAAGUGGUCAUGGUGUAGCAGCAGAUGAAACCUGAGAUUUGCAAGACCACAAAUUUAUUACAGUUUUAGUACAAAGACAUACAUUGACCCACAUACACGAGAACUCUUGGUGAUCUUUAGCUGAGCCUGAGUUUAGUUUGUGAUGGAGGGCACCAGUAGUACAUGUCUUUAAGUUAUCAUAUAGAUAUUCUACAUAGUUCUUUGACAUACAGUCUUGACUUUGGUUAGGAAAAGACACAAUUACACAUGAAAGUAGUCAGCAAAACUUAUAACUGACACCUUAGUUUGCAUAUAAAAAUAAUAAAACUCUUAGACUGUGGCUGUGUUUUCCAAAACUGAGAUGGGAAAAUUCCACUACAGGUCAGUCGCAUCUUACGCGGGGGUUAGGUGCUGAAGUCAGCGCGUAAGGCGAAAAUUGGUGACUAUACAUAGGGUGGGAGGGGGGGCGGGGCUUGAGUUUGCAUGCGGUUCUGUGCUUAGAGCUGUGCGGCCUGCAGCAGUGCGUGGUGGUGGUAGGGAUGGCUGCGUGCCGCCUGGCCACCACCAUGCUGCCGCUGCUGCUCAGCGGUUGGCCACACAGCUCCAGGCAUGGCUCCAUGGCGACAGCGGGAGGUUUUGGAGGCAGUGGCUGUCACCGCCAUAAUGGGCCUCCAGGUAAGCGGCAGCGCCGCGUGCAAGCUCAAGCCCUGCCCCCCUCCACCCCAUGUAUAGUUGAAUUUGUGCAAGUUAAAUGCACAUAUGAUGUGACUGACCUGUACUUAAUAUUGCUCUUCUUUGUAAAAUCCAGAGUCUAAAAACAAAAUCUUUCUUUUUCUCGUUCUAAAUAAAUGUCCACCAACUGGGUGAAAAGUUUCUAAUUCAGCAAACGUGGAUAUUAACUACAUCUUCCUCCUCUGAUUACCAGUAUGUGGUCUUAUAAUUGAAGAUGGCUUUUGAGAGUCCAGCUAUGCACUAGAAAAGUCACAUACUUAAUUGCUUUUCAAUCAUGGGAAAACUCCAGGUUUCCUGUUAGAUGUUAUAAAGUGGCAAGAGAAGCUUAGGUUACCAAUGUUCAUAGUGCCUCUCAACACUGAUUUUGUUAAUGUGGCAGAGUGGUUUUUAGCCAACCUCCCCGCCCCCCAAACCCCCAAAAACCAAACAAAAAAACACCACAAAACAAAACAGAAGCUUUUAAUAAUAUUGUUAUAUUUGGUCAUUGUUCCUUCACUUUAUCCAAAGGCCUGCUAAGGUAUAUACAAUCCUAGAGUGUAUCUGGGCUGAUUUAUGAAUUUCUAGGUCUAAUGAAAGCCCAGUAUCUGACUGGUCAUAAAUAUGAACGAAGGGGGGGGGGGGGGCGUGUCUAUUUCUUUCCCUUUCAUGAUCUAUCGAGGCCUGUAAGAUGUUUUUAAAAACGCGGGGGAGAAAAACUGCUUUUCUGUUGCAUUAGAACAGGGCUGUCCAAGUUUGGUGUGGUUGGGGUUGCAUACUGUGUGGGCUGUACAUUAUGUGGGUGGCCCCCCUUGGAAUCCCUAGUGGGGUCCUCUUACUCCCUGUUACUGCAGCCCACAAUGGGCUUGUUCUAUGUCACUGUGGGCAAGUGCCAAUCCACCUGCCUCCCACUCAAGUGUUUGGGAAAGAGGGGCAUCAGCAUCCCAGUUCCCAUCUUCCUCAUACCAUAAAAAGGGUAGAACUUAUUAUGUCCGGCAAGACCCUGGGAAACCUGGUAAUACUCACCUAGGCACAGCAGCAUAACAUAUUGCUUGGUAUUACUUCAUUGCUUGUGUGGGUUCCUUAGGGGUCUUAAAACAUGCAAAGUGGUUGAUUUAGCUGAUCCAGAUACUGUAUAGCUAGAGUUUUGAAACUCUGGACUUUUAUCUGUAGAUCUGCUACAGUUUGAGCCCUUUCUAGGUCAUGGAUCAUUAACUCCAUAGACUCCAUGGCUCUUUAGAACUUUUAUUUGGACUUAAAGAAGCACAUAAAGACAUCCACAUGAUUAUUCCUAAAAUGUUCCAUUUUUAAUUGAAGAAUAUUUGGUUUUGGAUCCUGGGCCUUUUUGCUUUAAUUUGAAGAACACUUUAGAUCUGAAAAUUGGGAGGUAGUAAUAGAAAUACUGACAAGCUUUUAACUGAAGGCAUAAAUAAUAUAGCUGUCAAUAGCUAGCUGCAUGUGCAUUGUUAAUUUUAAUUUUAACUGAAAACUGCUUUGCUGGGUUUAAUCUAAUCAGUACUGGUUGACAGACCUAUGUGGGUGUUCAGUUUUUGCUAGAGACAUUUUUUUUUUUUUUUACCAUUGACAGCAUAAAUCUUGCAUCUCUAGAAGCCACUAGACUUAACCCCAGUGCUGUGCUGCAGAUCAUCUAAAAAGCGUUAGGCAGAGAAAGCACCUUCAAUAUAAAGUGAAAGGAUGGGUUUGACAUUAUGUACAAAAGGUGUUUAAACAAAGAUAAAAAGGGGGGGGGGCAAACUAUUUUCUUGCAGGUAUGAUCGAACUUUUUAAAGAGUGUUGCAUGUAAAAUGUGUUCUUUAUAGAACCCAAAAAGAAAUAGAUUAGAAAGUUUUAAAUAUAAUCUAUAAUCUAAAAUGUCAAAAGUAGCAAUUUGCAACAGUAGCAAAGCAGCAGCAGUUUUCAUUUUUAGAGUUCACUCAUUCUGGAAAUGUGAUCUUUUCCAAACAGCUGUGUGUGAAAAUUCAGGGACAUCUGCAAUUCAGAUACUCUUAAAUUUUAGAAUGUAAUAUGUAGAGUAUUAGUCUUACACAGGCAGUUUAUUUUUCUGGAAUGUUUGGUACUUGGUAGAAACUUAUUUUUUUACACUAAUUUCUAGAUAUGUAAUAAAAGUCUGGAGAUCACUGUCUGACAGAAAGCUGUUUGAAUACACUUUAAUAAUUCUACUACACUUGAAAAUAACAGCAUUGAACAUACUGAUGCAGGGCAUAAGAUAGAGUAUCCUUACACUGUUACACUGUUAUGGUUGCAGCUUUUAAUUUUUUAAUGUUUUUUGCAAACGACUUGGGACCAGAAACUCAAGUGUGUUUACACUUAUAGAGCAUGGGCACAUCAGAAUACUAAGUGAAAAUCAUCUUGUUUUUUAACCUGAACUGAGAUCUAGUGAACUUGUUAGCACAAGGGUAUCUUUUUUUGGGGUGGGGAGGGCGGGGGGGAAGCAUGCUAUUCUAGCAUGCUUGUUAAGGGAUGCUCCCUUUGGUAUUUCAUUGCUUUUGAUAUUGAAACAAUGGAGCUUUAGACCCUGUUGAUAUUAGGAGUAGAAAAGUAUUACCCACAUGCCUCCAGUGUGGGCUAAGACCUUGCAAAAUAAUAAGGCUCUUAACAGGUUUUUCUGUAUCUUAGCUACCAGCCUAUAUUGGACCAUUUUAAUGAUUUGGGUUGUAACUUCAGGAGUCAUCUACCUUGAGAUGAGACAGGCCAAAACUCACAGCUUUAUAAACAGGUGUGACACUUUGAAGACAGCUGUGUUCUGUAUCUUACGCUAGCGGUGAAUUUGGUCCAAGGAGUAUUCAUUGGUAGUUAAAUUCUGAUCACAGAAAUUGUAACUUUAAAGAUCUUUCAUAUUUGAGUCAGGGAUCCAAGUUAACUGUGCAAACAGAGAAAUUGUGCCACAUUCUGAUGUUGCUGGUAGCUGAAUUGAUGCUUAACAUGAUAGAUGAGGAGAGAGAACAAUUUAUAAAAGGACAAAAAGCCUGUCUGCAAGUGUCAAAGUUUCUUUUACUGCUUACUAUGCAAUGUAGAAUUUGAACUUUUUCAUUUACCUUAAGAUAGAGAACAAAGGCACUGUUUUUAUUUAGUAUUUUGAAACUGAGCACUCCCUCUCACUUCACAGGUAAGAUACCUAUUUGCUGCUAUUGACUUUACUCACCAUCCAGUUUUCUCCUUUCUCUUCUUUAUCUUCCCUCUUGCCCUGCAUCACCAUUUAUCAUUUUAAUGAAAAACAUUUUGUUUUGGAAUGUUUUAUCCCAGCCAAUACUGGUGUUUAUUUUUCCCUUGUCCCCUGGAGUGCUAUAUUACUGUAUGUAAAACACCAGUUUUCAUUUGGACUGUUUUAAAGCUGCAGCUUGAAUGUGGACUGCCUGUUUCUUCCACUGAAAAGAACUCUUGCCGUUAUUUAGAACCUUGUUUUCUUGAUUGGUAACUUCAGUUGUUACAGGUUUUGUUUUUGUUUGUUUUUUUUCCAAACUGCAUUGCUGGAACCAUUAAUGAUGAGGUUUUAAAACUGUAUAAAAGGUUUUGUUGAUGUCUAAUCCUUUUAAGUAGAUAACUAACAUUGAUCAUUCUGAGUACAAAGCAUCUUUUUAUUUUCUUCCUUUUCCUAAAACAUAAUUUCUUUUUAAUUUAAGAUUUCAGAAAAACUGAAUUUCAAAAAUGUGUUUCUGUUUUAGAAUAUGCUCCCUAAAUUAUUCAUAGAUUAAUGUAUUUUUAGGGGAAAUUAAUUUUUAUAGCCACUAAACUGUACUCAUUAUUUUUGUACAUGUGCAACUAGGACAUUUUGGGACACAAGUCUUGGAGGGAACACUUAAUUCUUUGCUCUUUUUACUAUGUCCUAUGUGCUUAAGUUGUGUUGCUAAAGACCACUAGAAGCAAUACCUCGAUGUGCAAUGGAGACAACAAAGAAUGCAAUAAGUGAAUGAGAUUUGAGGAAAACUUUGUUGCUGGAGGCAAAAGAGAUAUUGCAAAAGCAACACUAUAACCUUCAUAUUCACAUCUUUAAACAUCUUAAAGCAGCUGGAGGAAAAAAUGUUGUAAAAUAUGAAAUGCCAGAUGAGAACCUGUACUGUAAGCUAACUGUGCCAAUAUUGCUUCAGUUUGUAGUCAUUAUUGAUUGAUAUAUUAAUUUUAAAUCGGAACCGCUUUUGAUUAAAAAGAGAAGGUUGAAUGUCUGAAUCUGCAACAUGUUUAUUUGAGAGAUGUAAAUAAUGUAUACAGAUUGUUGUAUGUGAUGGGAGGAAAAAAUAUUUAAAUUCUAGGUUUUUUCAGUAAGAAACUGAAUGCUGUUUAUAAGAAAAAAUAAAUAGCUAUGUUUGACCAUGA